AUGAACUCGAGGCGGGCUCGCAAUCAGUACGGCAAGGUAUCUAAAAGGGUAAACGAUCGUGCAAAUUCGGGAACACGAGUGGAUGUCAGCGAUGACCAGAGUGACGACCAAGUUGAGUUGGUCCUUCCUGAGGUCAAGGGUGUCUCGCGGCGUACGUCUAGCAAGCGUAACUUGAAGAUCAAUUCGGAUAAAGUUACACAAAACCCGGUGGCACCGACUGGAAAGCUGGCUCCAGCCACGCGCUCCCGUCAAGGAAGCGAGAAGGAUGAACGGCCUCCUUCCCCGAAGAAGAGAAAGAGACGAGAGUCCUCUCCUGCCGAUUCGGAAACGACAGAAACGGCAGAAGAGGAGGAACCGACCCCUAGAAAGCCUAAACAAAGAUCGCCAGAGAGGUCUCCUGCUCGCAAAAUACAAGCGACAGAAAGCGGAAAGUUUACUCCGGUCCCUAAGUCAGCCUCUGCCGUCGGAACGCCCAGUCAGCCAGCUCAAACACCACGACUUGCAAGAGAUCUCUCGGAUCUCUUUAUAUCCCCUCACAAGCCAAACAUGACCUCUGCUACCGGGAGCCCUCCCAAGCUCAAGCGAAUGCUCUCUUCGAGGUCAAAAACCGAACCCACUCUACAAACGGAUAGUUUAGCAACAGGCUCGGACCUCUUCCACUCCACCUCGAUGUUCAACCCACCAACACAGGAUCCUCUAAACUCUCCUAUACGAGGUGGCUCGUCGUUUAACCGCAAUCCUCUGGCUAGAGACCGAACGCCCUCACCGAGCCCGCAGCGAAACCACUCCCCACCUCCAAUCUCAAGGUCACCUCAGCGCCCCGGACGCACGUAUUCUAAAUCUCGCUCCUUCUUGAUUGAGGUUUCCCGGGAUGAGACACAGAUGGACGUAGACGCUCAGCCAGCACGAGCGUCCCAUACGCAAAAUGAACAGGACCCUAGUGAGACUCAUCGGGAGUCGUACUCGGAGCUGCGCUCUCGUUGGGGCUUGGAUAACUCUGAGCAGGAUCCAGAACUCAAUAUGCCGGUGAAUGAUCUGAACAGUAUUGGGGAGAUGCGGUCUCGAGGAGAAACGAGGAGGUUCUUGGACGAGCUUGGAUAUCUGUUCGACGGAUUAGACACGACAAGUGGGAGUAAUACAAGUGCAAAGCGCUCAAGCGCAAUUCAAGUGGUCUCUAAGAUGGGAGACGCAGAGUUUUUGCGCAGAGCCGCUGCUGCAGACUUUGUGGGCAAGGCAUGGACUCUCCUCCGAGCAGCCGGUGCUGGUACAGGGACCGACCGAAUACUGGAUGCGUCUCUCAUCGCAUUUGUCGCUAUUGCGACGAGAGAUCAACGUCAAACCACCGAAUUGGCGAAGAACAAGGAUUUUAUCUCGUUUCUAAAUGCCUCUUUGGAGGUGACUCCAGAAGAGGAUGUGUUGGUUGCACCAGAAACCAAAGAAGAGCCCCUAUGGGCGCGAAGACUCGGACUAUCACGCGUGGAUAAGACAAGUCUCACUGUACUACGAGGGGCUAUCAAGGAUGGUCGAAUUCUCAGUGAAGGCGAGGUUGCCUCUCAUCGACUGCUUGCAUCGGAAUCCCUAGUCAAGGUAGCUGCUGCCGGACAAAAACUUGAUCAAGAGUUAGGAGCUACUUUGUGCAGAUCGCUCUCCAUCGAUCUUUCAAUUCUCACAGCUGAGGAUCUGCAAGACGCUGACUCAGAUCAGCAAAAGCACCAUAUUCACCACAUUCUAAACUGCCUCAAAGUACUUGAGCAUGUUGGUCUCAGCGAGGAGGAUCAAGGUUACGAAUCUCUUGUCGCAUCCCUCGGGCGUUUUGUCAACUCAUGGACGCCGUAUCUUCACAACUCAAACGAACCUGCACUAUUCAAUGAGAUGGUCGAAUCGACACUCCGACACCUAAUCACGGCUACUCAUGACCGUAAAGAACUCUGCAAGGCAAUUGCUGAAGAAGAGAACGUCUUUUAUACCCUGCUUCGUCUCUUCAUUUAUUGGAACCGCGCCUACUUUAACAACCUGCGCCAAAACGCAACAAAAGACGCCGAGGACCAUGACAGGAGCGGUUUGCUACAGAGAGCGAGCCUAGUGCUCGGUCUUCUCACUCAAAUCCUGAGGCAGCAUCACGAGGCUAAGGGAUUACUGAGGUCAAUGCGGCUCUCCAUCGCAUGUCCACUGGGAGCAAAUUGCUACGAGACCUGCCGGUGUAAGAAGCAGGUAUCUGGUUUGCAAGCGUUGGGAUCUUUGUUCAAGCAACCCGCAGACGGGUUGACUGCUCCCGCGGAAGCACAAGCGACCUUUAUUCAUGGUCACAUUGGAGUCUUACUCGGGAUGAUCUAUAUUCACGACGUAGAAAGUCGACCAACAGUGUUGGAUUGUCUCGACCCACCCAAAGGCAGUAGCAAGGAGAAGGUUACGACCCUCAUCUCCGUUAUCCGAGAAUUCUGCUCCCUUCUUGCAACGGUGGUCAGCAAGGCCAACCCACCGAGGCGGGCCUCGUCCACAUCCAGCGACGCAGAUGAAGAACAACCCACCGAAACUAUUAUCGCCGACGCCUCGCUAGACGAAGGUGUACAAUUGGCCGAAUCGAUUAUCAAGGAGCUGGAACAAUUGUUAUAA